CUAUUCAAACUUUCGUAUCGCAAGAUUCAAUCGUAUCCCUCACAUACGGAUAGAAUCGGCCGCACCGACAAGACUCGACCACUGGACCCCAACUCCGCAACCCCCAAACCCCGACCUCACCACCCACUAUGAGCUUCCUUGCACGUCUUGUCACGCUCUUCGGGCUCGUUCUGCUCGGGCAUGCAGGCUACUCUGCCCACGAACACACUGUCCUUUACAGCAACAUUUCCUCCACCGUCCUUCCACACGAUAUCAUCGCCGAAACCCUCGUUUCCGUCCUGGUUGUAUCAAUUGGUCUCGUCCUCGGCACAGAGAAGUUGAAGCCCGUCAGCUGGCGCGACUGGGCGGGCGCCAUUGAACGGGAUGGCGGGGCGCGCAACCCGUUCCUGAGUCUGGAGGAGCGUUAUGCAUUCUGGGAUAUUCGGGCCAAGCGAAAGGAAUUUGCGAACUGGGUCCGUGGUCAGGAUGUGCCGAUCAAAGAGUGAUUGUGGAAAAAUGAAGUUGGGAUAGUAUGUUGCCGGAAGUUGUAUAAAAUCCACAGCGGCGAGAGUGUUCGGUGCCGAAUUGAUAUGCUCGACAUGCGCUUUAAUGCUGCCACUUAUAUCUCCCUGUUUGGCAGUGCUGUGCUCCUGCAAAAUUCAGUGGCGCACUGUAAGACGUAGCGGACAGAAGCCCGGAUCUCCAUUGCAGUGUUUCUAAGGUCGAUAUGAGCCACGCUUCUAUACUUCGCUGAGUCAAGCCAUCCGUUCAUUGAUUUUACAACGAGACUAUGUUCUUCGAUUCCGAACCUUGCCAUUAAAGAGGACAAAUGGUCUGAUGAUUUGGAUAAAAGAAAG